CUCAGGCGCGUAAUUUCAAGCCACACGUAGAAUAGAAGCGCAAGCGUGCUCACGUUACUCGACCUCAGUCAUACAUGUCAUAUUCUUGAUCGACAUUAUUCAGAAUUGUUGUCCAACGCUUUCGACUAAAAAAUGGCAGGAAUUGGGUGCUCCCUGUUCGUGUUGGUAAAAUGGGUCAACGAGGAAGACAUGUGGGAUGUUCUUCCCAUCAAGAAUGCAGUCGGUGUGAUCACCGAGAUCGACCUUCGAGACGCGACAGGCUGCGGUCAUGGCCGUAAUUCUCAAAGAGUCUUUGAAUUUUACUGGCGGAGAGGACGGGAAGCUGCACCAUGUACCAUUUUGGCAUAUGGGAGACAAAAGGAGAUGGAGAAGAAGUUGGAAAUGGAGAGGACCAAAAAUGAUGGAGGGACCAGUGAGUCUUCCAUUUCAGUCAGGGAAGAGGAACUUGGUGUUGGACGGAGAAAAACCCGCAAGCCAGCUCGUUUAGAGAGUGAUCCAGAUUUCGAAGAGUUUGAACAGCCAGCUAAGAAGAAGCAAAAAGCUCCUGUGGCAACCCAUGCCAUCUUGGAUGAGCUGCAGAGGAGACAAGUUCGUAACCAGGAGGAGGAACUUGCACAUAAACCAGAUUGCAGGUGUGCCAAGUAUGACAGCCUUCGAGCCAAGUAUAAAGAGUUGAAAGCUGAGAGGACCAGGCUGUCAGCAGAGGUGGCUGAGCUCUCCAAGUUCAAAGAAUUGCACACUGUUGUGGAUCAGCUGAAGGUAUUGUGUAGCAAUGCUACAUAUACUUUGGCUUCAGAGAAAAAUGAUGGGGACACAUCCUUCUCUGACUCUACUCCAGUCAAGAAGCCAAGCAGCAAAAGCAAGGUUGACAUUGGGUAUGGUGUCCUCAUGGACAAGGGCCAACUUCUGACCGUUGUGCAGGGAAGUGACACUGCAACAAAGUUGGCCAGGAAUCUGUUUUCUGCCCUCUUCAGCAGGGAUGAAGUGAUGGGCAAGAGCUUGACGGGGAAGAAGAGCAACGCCCAUCAGGACAAGGGCCCAAAGGAAGCUCUUGACCCUGCAAGAGUGAAAGCUCUUCUCGACUACACUUUGAAGAGGUUCCCGUCAGCCUCCGGUGUCCUGCUACGUCAGUCCCUUGCCAACAAAGUGAAGGAACUAUCGAAACCAAGGGACUAGAAAACAGCUACAAACAAUGGCUACAUGCCCUGUUUCACAUGAACAAGGGUUUAUGCACUACUAACACAGGGUGAGGGUUCCCCUCACUUUCUCUGGUUUUUCAAAAUGACUUAUCUUCAGAAUUCACAUCUUGGCAUGA